GGAAUUUCAAGUGAACGCCAUUUGCCAUUUACUUUUUUAUUCCUGUCGACAUUCAAGAAUGUGAGGCUCACAUUUGCGCCUUAUCAGUUCUUGACGUCUAUUUUGUCUUCCCUUUUGUAAAACGGCAAAACACUAUUUCUACCAAGUAUCACCUCUCAUCUUCCAACAUAAUCCAUCGCGCCGCAUUUGACUCCGUCUCCUAGGGAUCAUACGAUUGGUGAUUAAUUGGUUUCUAGUGCAUUAGAUUCUACAUUCAUAUGUACCUACAUGGUCAGCUCCGGGGUUCACCUAUAUCCACAAUUCUCAUUGGAAGAAGCUUCAACAGAGCUACGAUACCUAUACUUCUUCCAAGCUUGAUCAGGGACAGCCUCAACCGUCAAAGUUCUCUUUUAGUGCACAAUCACAGACCAAUUCAUCUCCUCGUCGUCUUCUCCACACGGGUUGCGACUUGACGCCUUGGAUCAUGGAACCUCAUUCUCUUUGAAUAACAUCGCCACCAACCCUAUACUUAUGAGUAUAGAUUCUGAAUUCGCAGUAAUCACGAGUAUUGUUCGGCGCAUCAACGGCGCCAUAUAGACUCUACUCAGAUUACUCUAGACGUGUUACAUCACAGAGAAACCUCUGGAUUUAUAUCCACAUCCAACUUAUACCACCUCUUUUCUCUGAACCUUACGAUCGACCUCGGGUUCCGUCUUCAUAUGCGACACUAUGCAGGCAUCCCAAGUUAACAGCGGCCCGCUAGAGGACCGCCUACGCAACCUCAUUCUUGGCAAUAAUGAUCAAGCAACUCCACACCCUCACCCUCACCCACACCCCAUCUACGCUCCAUCAGCUGCUAUACCACUCGGAAACGGUGGCUCCUCUGAUACGCGUGUACCCAAAAAUGGAUCACAGAAAUCCAAACAGCCAUCUGAGUCGUCUAGCUCGACACAAACUUCUCAUAAGGCGAGUAAGAAACGACCAAAUCAAGCUCAACGUCGUCAGAUGCAAGCUCAACUAUCUAUACCCAUUGAUACUAGAGCACCUGUUUCCCACGAUGGGCGAUCUUACCAUCAGCAGGAGGGCCAACGCUCCAUGUGGCAAAAUACCGAGCAGACCGCAAUCCCCCCCAGUUCUAAUUCAUAUCACGGUGGGUUCCAGGACCGUGCUACUACAACGAACAACCCUCCCUUCUCACAACCACGGCGCCAUCAAGGGGGAUUCAGUCAAGUGUCGCCAGUAUCUCCACCAAAGCAUCAGUCGUCCUGGAGACAUCAACAGGCAAACCCCCCUGAUGCACUUCUAAACGGUGUCAACGUUAUCUCACCAGAUACCUUCCCAUCUCGCGGCCGUCGGCCUUCCCAUCCAGCUCUCUACAACCCUGGCGGGCAACGUCAAUUUGUUUUCACUCCAGAACAGAUCGCUAGUCAAACAGCCCUUCUUGACAACCUUUGUCAUCUGGUGAUUGCAGGUGCCGAGAUUGAACCUGGUGAAAUUGCCGAGAAGGAAAAUUUCCGUGCUCGAGUGGAAGCAAUCUGUCGUGAUGUUAUCAGCUCCCACGAGAUCGCAGUCAAUGGAACCCCGAUGUUUCAACCUUACACAGUUGAACUCAAAUGUUUUGGGAGCCUUGCAUCUGGGUUUGCGACAAAAGCAGCUGAUAUGGAUCUUGGCCUUCUUUCUCCUAUGUCGCACUUGUCUCCGGACUCGCCCGAUUCCCCCAUCCCACGCCUAGUUGAGAAGGCACUGCUUGUACACGGCUUCGGUGCGCGCCUUCUCACACGUACACGAGUGCCAAUCAUUAAGCUGUGUGAAAAGCCCAGUGAACAACUCCAUCGAGACUUGCAAGAGGCCCGAAUCAAGUGGGAGAAAGGGCUGACGGAUGAUGGUCAUGAACCUGCAGAUGAUGUUACAGAGGAUCAUGACGCAUUGGAUAAUUCUACAGCUAUUGUAGUCGCCGAGGCUGAGCACUUGUCAUCGAAGAAUCAACACGAAGAUUCUCACCAAUUGAAUGAUCCAGUAGAAAGAUCUUACGAGGAACGACUUGCUUCGUUAAGACAAUCAGAAACCCAGUCUUUGAUGGCCUACUAUGGUAACGCCAAGCGACUCUUACGUAGACUAAGUGGCCGUGAUAUCACAAUCUCAAAUAUAUCAGACUUCAAACCCGCGGAUUACAAACUAUUGGACGACAUUUCUGGUGCAUUUGUUAACGGUCUCUACGACAAGGAAUUGAAGAGUCGGGUUCAAUCAUACCCGUCCUUUAAGAACAACUUCAAGUCGAUUCCAUCUAAUCCUCGAUCACUUCUUGGAGUUUUGACCAUGGUUGAAGGCGAGAAGAUUGUGGCUAUCUGGGAAGCACAGGCCAUCGUUGGAGGCAAUUUGAAGUUGAAGAAUAGUUCCGAAAACAUUGUCCAGACCUGGAAGAAUCUGCAGAACAAGAGAUUAUUCGGCGCAGACCCUCUUUCGUUCAAUCGAGAACUUCAUACAGCCCUGGAACACCUUCGCCAGAUCCCAUUUGUUCAACUCAUUCAGCUUAAGCAGGAGCAAUACGAGUCUCCUGCACAAUAUCAUGCAAGAGUCGACAGGAUCGCGGCCAAUCUUGGCCACACUCACUCAUCCUCGAAUGCGACGCAGCUUUCACAAGUCAUUCAGCAAUAUAUCUCAGGUAUUCGCGAUAAGCAAAUCAGGGAUGAGGUCCAGAAUUUUGCGAGUUCUACCGGAGUACAAUCUUUAAGAACAAUCGCUAGAAAGCACAAGGCUAUUCGCCUUGCCAUUGAUUAUGAAAAGGCGAUUGAGAAGGGUCUCUAUCAAGAGGAACAUCUCCCAAUAAUCAGGGAAUACAUAGAGAUUCUCCGCGGAGACUUCGUGCAACGGGCAUCACGCGCUGAUAAGCGCAUUGCUGAUGCGUUCGAUUUCCUAGUCCCUGCCACUGAGCGUACGAUUGCCAUAGUAAAGAAACUCAAGCAGCUCCCUGACCCAUCCAAACUCGGCCCGAAUCAGCCUAGGGAUCGAUAUCACGAUAGCCUGGAGUUCCCUAAGAAUGGAAUCGGCGUUCAGUGUGAUAUCAAUUUCUCCGCGCACUUGGCCCUUCAGAACACCCUUCUCUUAAGAUGCUACGCCUACACCGAUCCUCGUGUCAGGCCUAUGGUCCUCUUCGUGAAACAUUGGGCUAAAGCUCGGGGUAUCAACACUCCAUACCGGGGAACCCUUAGUAGUUAUGGUUAUGUUCUUAUGGUAUUACACUACCUUGUCAACAUUGCGGAACCGUUCGUAUGUCCGAAUCUUCAACAGCUUGCUCCACCCGAUCCAAAUCUUCCAGCAGAAGCUCUUGAAGGUAUCACAACCUGUAAAGGUCGCGACGUUCGCUUCUGGAGAGACGAGCGAGAAAUCCAGAGACUGGCCCGUGAAGGUCACCUUAACCAGAACCGAGAGUCUCUUGGGUCCCUGUUAAGAGGAUUCUUCGAAUAUUUCGCGCAAAACUACACGAUGAGUACUAUCAACAAGCGCGGAUUUGACUGGGGCCGAGACGUGUUAAGUUUACGAACGCACGGAGGAUUGCUCUCGAAGCAGGAGAAAGGUUGGAUAGGAGCGAAGACAGUGAUGCAAUUGGAAAUGGGUGCUCCUCCCAAUCCAGUUAAAGCCAAGGCUGAACUCGAUGUUGAUGGUGUUGUCAAACAAGCCGCGGCCCAAGCACAAACCGAGCGCCACGUAUCACCGGAUAGCGCUGCCGCCACGCCUCAGGGACAAAUGACAAGAUCUAAAGAAUUCAAGGAAGUACGUCACCGUUACCUCUUUGCAAUAGAGGACCCGUUCGAGCUUGAGCACAACGUCGCUCGAACCGUAACACAUAACGGCAUCGUGUCUAUCCGAGAUGAAUUCCGGCGAGCCUGGAGGAUUAUCAGAAAUGCUGGCAAGACCGGUCAGCCUACGGAAAGUCUACUUGACGAUGUCCAAGUAGAAAACGAGAAGGCGGAGAAGUUGCAAUUCACGGAACUCUUGAAGGAGAUACACGGCCCGCGUGUCUUGCUGGACCCGGCAACUGAUUAAUGGAUCACCUACGCAGUCGAGCCUGUAACUCUCUUCAUAUUAGGGUUAGAUAUUGUACGAUUCAUGAUGUGUAAGGAAUAAAUGACCAGGAGUAAGUACGGCGGAUCUCGUCUGCUACUUCUCGUCUAGCCGACCCGGCUGGCUUGAUAGCUUUGCUGUAUCAAGGUUCACUUAAUAAUAUGGCGUUCUGACCCAAAUUCACUUGGUUGAUAUGAUAUGUACAGGUGCUUGAUGAGCUGUUCUCUUCAUCGUUCCAUUGUGAUAAUACGAAACACGCAAAAC